AUGAAAACUAACAUCUUGGGACCUGUGAUCCUAGCUUCUUCGGCUCUAGGAUAUGAAGUCAAGACACCGCCGCUAGAUACGGAUUGGACCUAUAAAGUCGGGACUGACCCAUGGCCUGAGUACCCCCGACCACAACUUCAGCGAUCUCGUUGGCAAAGCUUAAACGGGAUAUGGCAAUGGGGAGAAGGUACAUCCGAAUCAGGCUCCCCAAAGGGCUCUGAUGUGCUCGUUCCCUCGUGCAUCGAGAGUGGCCUUUCAGGCGUGAUGCAGAGUGCUCAGACUUCUUGGUUUGCUCGUGAAUUUGAAGUCUCCGAAGACUUGAGUGGCCAGCAGCUUCUUAUCAACUUCGAGGCUGUUGAUUACCAGGCUACUGUCUAUAUCAAUGACGAAGUGGCAGGGAACCACACCGGUGGAUAUUGGAGGUUCUCGUUCGAUGUCACCGACUUGGUUAAGGAGGGAACGAAUACACUGCGAGUAGAUGUUUUCGAUCCCACUGACGCCGAUGGCUAUAAUAUACCCAUUGGCAAGCAGACCUUGAACCCUUCCCACAUUUUCUACACACCCUGCUCGGGAAUUUGGCAAAGCGUAUGGCUAGAAUCGGUACCUGCGCAAUACAUAACUCAGCUUGAUGUCGCUGCCGGUAUGGAUGGUACCGUUGAUGUGACUGUCACUACCAGCAAAGGCUCUGGAGAUGUCAAGGUUACUGUCACUGAUGACAGCGGGAAGGACAUCGCCACUGGGAGCGGCACAGCCAACGAACCAUUCUCCUUCAAGGUGGAUUCACCAAGUCUAUGGUCACCCGAUAGCCCCACGCUUUACAACCUUACUGUCACAGUAGGAGAUGAUGAGGUUACCUCCUACACGGGAUUUCGAACCAUUUCUGUCGGAGAAGUCAAUGGCGUAAAGCGACCAUUAAUCAACGAGGAGUUCUUUUUCCAAUUUGGAACCCUGGAUCAGGGAUUCUGGCCCGAUGGGAUCCAUGUACCGCCAAAUUAUGAAGCCAUGGUGUUCGACCUCAAACAAUUGAAGGAUCUCGGAUUCAACAUGCUUCGAAAACAUAUCAAAGUCGAGAAUGACCUGUUCUACCGUGCCUGUGAUGAGCUUGGCGUCCUACUGAUUCAAGAUAUGCCAUCCAUGCCAGCGAACCGAUUACCCAACGCCGAGCAACAACAGGAAUGGGAACGCCAGCUUGACAUUCUAAUUGAGCAGCACAGGAACUAUCCCAGCAUCUACACCUGGAUUAUCUACAACGAAGGAUGGGGGCAACUCAGAGAUACAUAUUAUCCGGAAGACCAUUUGACAGACCGCGUCAAGGAACUCGACCCCACGAGAUUGGUUGACGCUACAUCCGGCUGGCAUGAUCAUGGAUUUGGUGAUUGGCACGACAACCAUCACUAUGCUAACCCGCAGUGUGGAACUCCUUUCUACUCCAUCGCUUCUACUCCUUACGACCACAAGCGCGUUGCAAUCCAAGGCGAGUUUGGUGGUAUAGGUCAGAACGUUUCUCUCGAACACUUGUGGAAGGUUCAAGCGGCGAUCGAUACCAUCAACCAGACUUACGAAAUCGACGAGACUAUUGAGGCAUGGAACUACCGUGGUCACGUUCUACUAUCCGAACUCCGUGAUCAAGUCGAGAUGUGGGAUUGUUCCGCUGCCAUAUGGACGCAAACCACCGAUGUAGAGGGCGAGGUAAAUGGCCUGCUAACGUAUGACCGGCGAGUUCUGCGGCCUGAUGUUGACCAGUGGAAGGCGGAUAUUCGAGCACUCAUGGAUGCAGCAAAGGGACGCAACAAGAAAUGA